AUGUAUUCCUAUCACUUACCCGAAAUACCUUCGAAUUCUUUGGAUACAUCCGUGACCAGUGAUCUCCAUGAUACUCGUAUAGAGGUUUGUGAUAGGGCAACUGGUGAUGUCAAAAUCAUCGAUGCAAAUUCAAACGUUCUACGCAAAAGAUGCGAAUACUUUAAUAUCGCAUUGUCGGAAAAAUGGGCGAGAAGAGUUAAUAAUCAGUACAAAUUAAGAUUAGAUGUUUCAUAUGAGGCCUUUGAGAUAAUAUUAAACGGAAUAAAUAAUGGAACGAUCAUCGUGAAAAAUCCGAAUACGGAUAUUUUGAUGGAACUAAUGUUAGCAUCUGAUAUUCUUCUUCUCCAUGAGUUUUAUAACUUUUUAAGAGCCAAAUUAGACGAAAAAAAGGAUAAGAACAAAGAAUGGAGUGACCAAGACAUCGUCUCCAUAUCAAAAGUCUCCUACCUAAUCGCAUCUGCUCAAGACAUUUACUUAAUUUGCCAAGAUAUCCUGGCAGAAAGGCCAUCUAUUUUAUUUGGAUCACCUGAAUUUCUGUCAAUUGACGAAGAUUUAUUAUUGCGAAUUUUAAACUUGGACUUGAUUUGUCUGCCGGAAAUUACAAUCUUCAAUAGAUUAAUCGAGUGGGGCAUUCAUAAUACCCCCAAUUACGAUACCUUGACCGACGAUUCAUCUCGGAUCAAUGCAUUGGGAGUCACACUAGAGAAUGCACUGCAAUUGAUUCGAUACAGUAACUUGAGUCCAAAAGAUAGGUCGUCAACCUUGUACUUUGCACAAAUCUUACCCGCGGCGAAAACACAAAAACAAAUUCCACCUCGUAUAAACUCACCUAUUGAACCAACAAUUAUUAGUAGCAGAUUUGCUGGGCUCAUUUCAACAUGGAUUGACCGACAGGAUCCUACGCAACAAUACACUGGUGUCAACACACCAUUCGAAUUUAGGCUUGUGUUUCGAAUGGACGAUCGGACCACCUUCUACGAUGUACAUCAUAAAUACUACAAUGGAUCUUCCGACCGAUUCUUGCCAACAAUUAAAGGUCACCAUGGACCUUCAUUAAUGAUAAUGAAACUUAGUUCAGGAAAAAUAAUUGGCGCAUAUAAUCCCAUCGAUUGGAAACAAGACAUACCGAAAAAAAUGUAUGCUUGUACGACCGAAAGUUUUAUUUUCUCAAGUGAGGAUAGGUAUGGUACGAAUCAUCGGUUGAGCAGAGUUCGCGAUUUUGAUUGCGCAAUUUGCCUGGAAAGCGUAAAGCCAAGUGGUGUACUAUUAAAGUUUGGUGAAGACUUGGUAUUUCAUUAUGUGAAAAGAUAUGUUACUUGUCAGAUUAAUAACCGGUUUUAUGAGCAUCCGGCGAUAUUAGACGAAGGCGGAUAUCAAAUUGUUGAAUGGGAGAUUUUUAGAAUUAGCAGAAAAGAUGAUCAACCAAUUGUCGUAAUAAACGAAGAAAUCAAGAAUAAAAUUCUGCCUCCUAUUAAAUCACCCACUGAUGCAAAGAUUAUUGAUAGCCAUUUUUUAGGAUUAAUUGCGACAUGGAUCGGUCGAAAGGAUCCAGUAAAUUCACGAUACACUAAUUAUAACAUGCCAUUUCAAUUUACGACCUUAUUUCGAAUGAAAGGAGAUGAAACUUUCUGUGAAGAACGUAGUGAAUAUUAUAACCAAUUAACCGAUAGACUAUUGCCAACAAUGAAAUGUCACCACGGACCUUCUUUGAUGUUAAUAAAGCUCAAGACAUCAGGAAAGAUAAUUGGGGCUUAUAAUCCCAUCCAUUGGGGACAAGAUUCGGGAAAAUUAGAAUUGCAAUAUCAAUACACAUCGGAAAGCUUUAUUUUUUCGGGUGAGGAUGCGCACGGAAAAAAUAAUCGACUGAGCCGCGUUAAAAACUCUUAUCAAGCAGUUUUGUCAAGUAAGCUAACCUCUCUAUCGCCCAGUGGAAUUAAAGUCCCUGAUGGUAUGGUGUUAGGAUUUGGCAAUACUUUACGUUUCUUUUACAAUGAAGGGAACGGAAGACCUCCCUCUGUCGUUUGUCGCAUCAGCAAUGACGGAUCUUAUGAAGGACUAGCGAUAAUGCCCUCAAAUGAUUACGAAAUUGACGAAUGGGAAAUCCUCAGAGUCACCAUGAAAGAUAAUAGAACCCCAUCUCAAAUCGAUGCACGUGCUAGGCAAAAAUCUUUUAGUAAAAGAGCUCGGUCCCGAGUUGCUCCAUAUGUAAAACCAAACAAAACCAUAGACUAUAGUUUUUCUUAUUGUGAUAUUAGUGACAUUGUUGACGAUGAAUUUUUUGCCACGAUCGCGACAUGGAUUGAUAGAAGAGAUUCCCCAUAUAGCAAUGAUGACAUGCCAUUCCAAUUCAAAUGUUUAUUUAAGAUGAACGAUAAAUCGUUUCCACAAAAAUACACUAAUCAAUCGACCUAUAAUUUACUACCAACAAUGAAAUGUCACCACGGGCCUUCGCUAAUGAUAAUAAGAAUUAAAGAUUCCGAAGAUAUAAUCGGGGCUUAUAACCCAAUUAAUUGGCAAUUGGAAUCAUCAAAUUUCGGUAAUGAUAAAUAUGUUCACACGUCCGAAAGCUUUAUCUUCUGUGAGGAUCAAUUAAGACGAGUUAAAAAUUUCGACAAAGCAAUUUCUCAAACAAAUGCAUAUCCCAACGGUGUUCUGUUGAAAUUUGGCCAAGACCUAAUCUUUCGUAUUAAGAGUAACGGAUUCUAUGAGCAACCAACCAUAUUUCCUGAAGGUGUUUACGAGAUUAGUGAUUGGGAAGUAUUCAGG